AUGGCCUGGGGACCUCUGGCUCGGCUCCUGCUGGCCUGGACUGCCCUGUCGUGUGUGGCGGGUGUGCGGGGCCACUGGGACGGGGCCGUGGAGCCUGCAGGUUCUGGACGUGUGCGUAGGCGUGGCAGCCCAGGCAUCUUGCAGGGGCCUAAUGUGUGUGGCUCUCGCUUCCACGCCUACUGCUGCCCAGGCUGGAGGACGCUGCCCGGCAGGAGCCAGUGUGUCAUACCUGUCUGUAGGCACACCUGUGGCGAGGGCUUCUGCUCCCGACCCAAUCUGUGUGCCUGUGCCGACGGGAAGCUGGCCCCCAGCUGCGGGGUGAGCCAAGGGUCAGGGUGCAGUGUGAGCUGCAUGAAUGGGGGCAGCUGCCGAGGGGAGUCCUGCCUGUGCCAGAGGGGCUACACGGGCACUGUGUGCGGGCAGCCUGUCUGUGAUCGCGGCUGCCACAACGGGGGCCGCUGCAUCGGGCCAAACCACUGCGCCUGCGUCUACGGCUUCAUGGGGCCUCAGUGUGAGAGAGACUACCGGACAGGGCCCUGCUUUGGCCAAGUGAGCCCUGAGGGGUGCCAGCACCAGCUGACAGGCCUCAUCUGCACCAAGGCACUCUGCUGUGCCACCGUGGGCCGUGCCUGGGGCCUCCCCUGUGAGCUCUGCCCAGCACAGCCACACCCCUGCCGCCGUGGCUUCAUCCCCAAUAUCCGCACGGGGGCCUGCCAAGAUGUAGAUGAGUGCCAGGCUGUCCCAGGCCUGUGCCAGGGAGGCAGCUGUGUCAACACUGUGGGCUCCUUUGAGUGUCACUGCCCAACUGGACACCGGCUCAGUGAGAACAGUGCCAAGUGUGAAGACCACCGGGCUGGCACCUGUUUCUCGGUUCUGAUCGUGGGCCGCUGUGCCGGAGACCUCGCCGGCCACUUCACCCACAGGCAGUGCUGCUGUGACAAGGGCAGGUGCUGGGCGGCUGGCCCAGUCCCAGAGUUGUGUCCUGCUCGGGGCUCUGACGAAUUCCAGCGACUGUGUGCCCAGCGGCUCCCGCUGCUGCCUUCCUACCCUGGCCCCUUCCCUGGCCUCCCUGGCUUCGGAUCCAGCGGCAGCGCGGGUCCCGGCCGCGGGCCUGCACGGCACAGCUCCCCUGGCGCCAGUGGGCGUGGGGUUCCCAGCCUGGGCUUGGGCGACACCAACAUUGGCACAGCCACCCUGAACCAGACCAUUGACAUCUGCCGACACUUCACCAACCUGUGUCUCAAUGGCCGCUGCCUGCCCACCCCUUCCGGCUACCGCUGCGAGUGUAACACGGGCUACGCGCAGGACGUCCGGGGGGAGUGCAUCGACGUGGACGAAUGCGCCAGCAGCCCCUGCCGCCAUGGAGACUGUGUCAACACCCCCGCCUCCUUUCACUGCCGCUGCCACGACGGUUUCCAGGCCACAGUCACCAAACAGGCGUGCGUGGACGUGGACGAGUGCAUCGGCAGCAGUGGCCUCUGCCAUCACGGCCGCUGCGUCAACACAGAGGGCUCCUUCCAGUGCGUUUGCAAUGCAGGCUUUGAGCUCAGCCCUGAUGGCAAGAACUGUGUGGAUCUCAACGAGUGCGCCACCACCACCAUGUGCGCCAAUGGCGUGUGCCUCAAUGAGGACGGCAGCUUCACGUGUCUCUGCAAAUCCGGCUUCCUGCUGGCACCUGGUGGCCGCUACUGUGUGGACAUCGACGAGUGCCAGACCCCUGGCAUCUGCAUGAAUGGGCAUUGCACCAACACUGAGGGCUCCUUCCGCUGUCGCUGCCUGGGGGGGCUGGCGGUGGGUGCGGGUGGCCGUGUGUGCGUGGACACCCACGUGCGCAGCACGUGCUAUGGGGCCCUCGACAAGGGCUCCUGCGCCCGCCCCUUGCCCGGCGCCGUGACCAAAUCCGAGUGCUGCUGUGCCAGCUCAGACCACGGAUUUGGGGAGCCCUGCCAGCUCUGUCCUGCCAAGAACUCCGCCGAGUUCCAGGCCUUGUGCAGCAGUGGUCUUGGCAUGACCACAGACGGUAGAGACAUCAACGAGUGUGCCCUUGACCCCGACAUCUGUGCCAAUGGUGUGUGUGAGAACCUGCGGGGCGGCUACCGAUGCAUCUGCAACCUGGGCUACGAGGCAGGUGUGGCGGGCAGGGAGUGCGCAGACGUCGACGAGUGUGCCACCAACAGCCUUCUCUGUGACAAUGGGUGGUGCCGAAACAGCCCUGGUAGCUACAGCUGCUCCUGCCCCCAGGGUUUCAGCUUCCGGCAGGACACAGAGACCUGUGAAGAUAUCGACGAGUGCCUGUCCAGCCCAUGUGUGAAUGGUGCGUGCCGGAACCUCGCCGGCUCCUAUGCCUGCGACUGUGGCCCUGGCAGCCGGCUGGGGCCCUCGGGCACCGUGUGCCUAGACAGCACCAAGGGCACCUGUUGGCUGAAGGUCCAGGAUGGCCGCUGCGAGGUGAACCUACGCGGAGCCACCCUGCGGGCUGAGUGCUGCGCCACCCUGGGGGCUGCCUGGGGGAGCCCCUGCGAGCACUGCGAGAUGGACCCUGCCUGCGCCCGUGGCUUUGCCCGCAUGAAGGGGCUCCCCUGUGAAGAUGUGAACGAGUGUGAGGUCUUCCCCGGGGUCUGUCCCAAUGGGCGCUGCCACAACACUGCCGGCUCCUUCCACUGCGAGUGUCCGGAGGGCCUGACGCUGGAUCCCACGGGCCGGCUAUGUGUGGAUGUGCGCUUGGAGCUGUGUUUCCUGCACUGGGAUGAGGAUGACUGCGGGGCUGCCCUGCCCAGCAAGUACCGGAUGGACGUCUGCUGCUGCUCCGUGGGGGCUGCAUGGGGGGCCGCGUGCGAGGCAUGCCCGGAGCCCGAGUCCCCAGCAUUCACCAGCCUGUGUCCCCGUGGGCUGGGCUUUGCCAGCAGGGACUUCUUGUCAGGCCAGCCCUUCUAUAAAGAUGUGAAUGAGUGCAAAGCCUUCCCCAGCCUCUGCACACACGGUACCUGCCGCAACACUGUGGGCAGCUUCCGCUGCUCCUGUGCAGGGGGCUUCACCCUGGACGCCCAGGAAAGGAACUGCACAGACAUUGACGAGUGCCACAUCUCCCCUGACCUCUGCGGCCAGGGUGCCUGUGUCAAUACCCCAGGCAGCUUUGAGUGUGAGUGUUUCCAUGGCUACGAGAGUGGCUCCAGGCUGAUGAAGAACUGCAUGGAUGUGGACGAGUGUGUGCAGGACCCCCUGCUGUGCCGGGGAGGCACCUGCACCAACACAGAUGGGAGCUACACAUGCCAGUGCCCCCCUGGACAUGCGCUGACGGCCAAGGGCACUGCCUGUGAGGAUGUCGACGAGUGCUCCCUGAGUGACGGCCUGUGUCCUCAUGGCCAGUGCGUCAAUGUCAUUGGUGCCUUCCAGUGCUCCUGCCACACUGGCUUCCGGAGCACCCCCGACCACCAGGGCUGCGUGGACAUCAACGAAUGCCUUGCUGGGAGUGCUGGGUGUGAUGGGCACUGCGUUAACACUGAGGGCAGCUACCGGUGCAGCUGUGGACACGGCUACUCGCUGAUGCCAGAUGGGAGGGCGUGUGCAGAUGUGGAUGAGUGUGAAGAGAACCCAGACAUCUGUGAUGGCGGCCAGUGCACCAAUGUGCCAGGGGGUCACCGUUGUUUGUGCUAUGACGGCUUCGUGGCCAUGCUGGACAUAAGGACGUGUGUGGAUGUGAACGAGUGUGACCUGAACCCCCACAUCUGCCUCCAAGGGGACUGCGAGAACACAAAGGGUUCCUUUGUGUGCCACUGCCAGCUGGGUUACGUCGUCAGGAAGGGGGCCACGGGCUGCUCCGAUGUGGACGAAUGUGAGCUUGGGGGACACAGCUGUGACAGCCACGCCUCCUGCCUCAAUGUCCCCGGGAGUUUCAGCUGCAGGUGCCAGCCAGGCUGGGUGGGGGAUGGAUUCGAAUGCCAUGACCUGGAUGAAUGCGCCUUCCAGAAGCACUGGUGCAGCCCGGACGCCGACUGCCUCAAUGCCCCUGGCUCCUACCGCUGCACCUGCCGCCCAGGCUUUGCGGGCGACGGCUUCUUCUGCGAAGACAGGGACGAAUGUGAGGAGGACGUGGGCCUCUGUGAGAACGGGCAGUGCCUUAAUGCCCCCGGCGGGUACCGCUGUGAAUGCGAGAAGGGCUUCAACCCUGCAGAGGACCACCGCGCCUGCCAGGAUGUGGACGAAUGCGUUCUGGGGAACCUCUGUGUGUUCGGGAGCUGCGAGAACCUGCCUGGAAUGUUCCGCUGUAUCUGUGAUGAGGGCUAUGAGCUGGACCGCGGUGGCGGUAACUGCACAGAUGUCAACGAGUGUGCAGACCCAGUGAACUGCAUCAACGGCCUGUGCAUCAAUACCCCUGGCAGCUACCUCUGCAACUGCCCCCAGGACUUUGAACUGAACCCCAGCGGGGUGGGCUGUGUGGACACUCGGAUUGGAAACUGUUUCCUGGACACACACAACCGCGGGGACGGUGGCAUUUCCUGCAGUGCCGAGAUCGGGGUCGGCGUCACCCGAGCAUCCUGUUGUUGCUCGCUGGGCCGGGCCUGGGGCAACCCCUGCGAGCUGUGCCCAAUGGCCAACACCACUGAAUACAGAACCUUGUGCCCAGGUGGUGAGGGCUUCCGGCCCAACCCCAUCACUGUCAUUCUGGAAGACAUUGAUGAGUGCCAAGACCUACCAGGGCUUUGCCAGGGGGGCGACUGUGUCAACACUUUUGGCAGCUUUCAGUGUGAGUGCCCACCUGGCUACCGCCUCCAUGAGGACACCCGCGUCUGUGAGGACGUGGAUGAAUGCUCUGCGCACCCGGGCAUCUGUGGCCCCGGCACCUGCUACAACACCCUGGGAAACUACACGUGUGUCUGCCCUGCGGAGUACCUGCAAGUCAACGGUGGCAACAACUGCAUGGGUACGAAGCAGAGCGUCUGCUUUCGGAAUUAUAACGGCACAUGUCAGAACGAGCUGGCUUUAAACGUGACCCAGAAGAUGUGCUGCUGCUCCUACAACAUCGGCCAGGCCUGGAAUAGGCCCUGCCAGGCCUGCCCCACGCCCGCCAGCCCGGACUACCAGGUCCUGUGCGGAAACCAGGUCCCUGGCUUCGUCAUUGACAUCCACACGGGGAAGCCCGUCGACAUCGACGAGUGCGGGGAGAUCCCCGCCAUCUGCACCAGCGGCGUCUGCAUCAACCAGAUCGGGAGCUUCCGCUGCGAGUGCCCCAUGGGCUUCCUCUACAACAGCGCUCUGCUGGUUUGCGAAGACGUGGACGAAUGUGCCAGCGGGGAAAGUCCCUGCCAGCAGAAUGCCGACUGCAUCAACAUCCCUGGCAGCUACCGCUGCAAGUGCACCCGAGGGUACAAGCUGUUGCCAGGCGGGGCUUGUGUAGGACGGAACGAGUGUCAGGAGAUCCCGAAUGUCUGUAGCCAUGGUGACUGCGUGGACACAGAAAGCAGCUACACAUGCCUGUGUCACCGUGGCUUCCGGGCCUCGGUGGACCAGACCCUGUGCAUGGACAUCGACGAGUGUGACCGGCAGCCAUGCGGAAACGGGACCUGCAAGAACAUCGUUGGCUCCUACCACUGCCUCUGCUUCCCUGGCUUUGUGAUGACACACGUCGGAGACUGCAUGGAUGUGGAUGAGUGCACUACCCUGGCAGGACAGGUGUGCCGAUUUGGCCAGUGUCUCAACACAAUUGGCUCCUUUCACUGCCUCUGCCAGGAUGGUUUUGAGCUCAUGACCGACGGGAAGAAUUGUAUGGACACCAACGAGUGUCUCAGAGUCACAGGAGCCUGCCUGCCAGGGACUUGCCAGAACCUAGAAGGCUCUUUCCGCUGCAUCUGUCCCCCCGGCUUCCAGGUGCAGAAUGACCACUGCAUAGACAUCGACGAGUGCUCGGAGGAGCCCAACCUCUGCCUCUUUGGUACCUGUACCAACAGCCCCGGGAGUUUCCAGUGCCUCUGCCCGCCUGGCUUUGUCCUCUCUGAUAAUGGGCACCGUUGCUUUGACACACGGCAGAGUUUCUGCUUCACCCGUUUCGAGGCUGGAAGGUGCUCGAUGCCCAAAGCUUUCAACACCACCAAGACCCGGUGCUGUUGCAGCCAGAGGCCUGGCGAGGGCUGGAACGACCCCUGUGAGCUGUGUCCUCAGGAGGGCAGUGCCGCUUUCCAGGAGCUCUGCCCCUUUGGUCACGGAGCAGUCCCAGGCCCAGACGAGACUCGGGAAGACGUGAACGAGUGUGCAGAGAAUCCUGGUGUCUGUGCCAAUGGCCAUUGUGUCAACACCGAUGGCUCCUUUCGCUGCGAGUGUCCCUUUGGCUAUAGCUUGGACUUCACAGGCGUCAGCUGUGUGGACGCAGACGAAUGCUCCGUGGGGCUGCCCUGUGGGGAAGGCACGUGCACCAACGUCAUUGGAGGCUUUGAAUGUGCCUGUGCGGAUGGCUUCGAGCCCGGCCCCAUGAUGACCUGUGAGGACAUCGAUGAGUGCUCCCUGAACCCCCUGCUCUGUGCCUUCCGUUGCCGCAACACCAAAGGCUCCUACGUGUGUACCUGCCCAGCUGGCUAUGCCUUACGGGAGGACGGGACCAUGUGCCAAGAUGUGGACGAGUGUGCGGAUGGCCAGCAGGACUGCCACGCUCGAGGCAUGCUGUGCAAGAACCUCAUCGGCACCUUCGCCUGCGUCUGUCCCCUGGGCAUGCAGCCGCAGCUCGGCUCUGGAGAGGGCUGCAUAGAUGAAGACGAAUGCCGCGCCCAGCCCAGCCUCUGUGCCAACGGCCACUGUGUCAACACCGCGGGCAGCUUCCGAUGUGACUGUGACGAGGGGUUCCAGCCCAGCCCUGCCCUCACUGAGUGCCGUGAUGUCCGGCGGGGGCCUUGCUUCUCCGAGGUGCUGCAGACUGUGUGCCAGGGCCCAUCAAGCAGUGGCGAGGCAGUCACCAGGGCUGAGUGCUGCUGUGGGGGCGGCCGUGGCUGGGGGCCUCGCUGCGAGCUCUGUCCCCUGCCCGGCACCUCUGCCCACAGGAAGCUGUGCCCCCACGGCCCAGGCUACACCGCCGAAGGCCGAGAUGUGGACGAGUGCCAUGUGCUCUCUCACCUGUGUCCCAAUGGUGAGUGCAUCAACAGCCUUGGCUCAUUCCGAUGCCACUGCCAGGCCGGGUACACGCCAGAUGCCACAGCCACAACCUGCCUGGAUGUGGACGAGUGCAUCCAGGCCCCCAUGCCGUGCACCUUCCUCUGCAAAAACACGGAGGGCAGCUUCCUGUGUGCCUGCCCCCGCGGCUACCUGCUGGAGGAGGACAGCGGGACCUGCAGAGACCUGGAUGAGUGUACCUCCAGGCAGCACAACUGCCAGUUCUUCUGUGUCAACACCAUCGGCGCCUUCACCUGCCGCUGUCCCCCCGGCUUCACCCAGCACCACCAGGCCUGCUUUGAUAACGACGAGUGCCUGGCGCAGCCUGGCCCGUGUGGCACCCGUGGACGCUGCCGCAACAACCCAGGCAGCUUCAGCUGUGAGUGCUAUCAAGGCUUCGCCCCGGACAGCUCAGGCCGUGGCUGCGAAGACGUGGAUGAAUGCGACGGGCCCCAUCGCUGCCAGCAUGGCUGUCAGAACGAGCUGGGGGGCUACCGCUGCAGCUGCCCCCAAGGUUUCACACCACACUCCCUGUGGAGCCAGUGUGUGGACGAGAAUGAAUGUGCCCUGUCGCCUGCGGCCUGCGGCAGUGCCUCCUGCCACAAUACACUCGGUGGCUUCCACUGCGUCUGUCCCUCUGGCUUUGACUUUGACCAAACCUUGGGUGGCUGCCAGGAUGUGGAUGAGUGUGCAGCGCGGGGGGGACCCUGUAGCUACAGCUGUGCCAACACUCCCGGUGGCUUCCUGUGCGGCUGCCCCCGAGGCUACUUCCGGGCUGGGCAAGGGCACUGCGUCUCCGGCCUGAGCCUCAGCCCUGGAUCCCAGAACGGCCCAGACGAGGAGCUGCUCACACCUGAAGCCUGUUACGAAUGCAAGAUCAACAGCCUCCCCUCUCGUGACCGGCCACGGCGCAGCAUGCACGGGGACCGCCAGGUGAGCAUGGCCAGCCUAGACUCAGAGGCCCCGCUGACCUUGAGCUUGAACCUCUCGCGCCUGGGCCGGGCCGAGCACAUCCUGGAGCUGCGGCCAGCACUGGAGAGUCUGGGAGGCCGUGUUCAUUAUGUCAUUGCCCGUGGCAACGAGCAGGGUUUCUUCCGCAUGCAUCACCUCCGCGGCCUCAGCUCCCUGCAGCUGGGGCGGCGGAGGCCGGGGCCUGGGACCUACCAGCUGGAGGUGGUGAGCGCUGCAGGGCCCUGGGGCAUCUGGCCAGAGGGGCAGCCGGGGCCAGGGGUCCUAGCUUUGCGGCUGAAGGUGCGGCUGCAGCUGCUGUAG